AUGCGUCAACAACACAUCAGAACGCGUCGUCGUCUCAAAAUGAACCCCGAAAAGGUUUCAGCGUCGAUCACUUGUAAUACUUUGAGUUCAUCCGAUGUACGCUUGUUGCCAGGAGGUUUAUCUUCACGUAGCCGGCUUGCUGAAUCUCAAGAGAAUUCACUGUUUUCGCAGAACACCAGGGAUCAUCGGCAUUCUCCUCGCGAUUAUCGCAAUGAGUCAAUACAGCCGAACUAUCGAAAUCGAUUGCCAGUGCAACGCAAUUUUGCUGCUAAAAACGAUCAGCAAAGUGAGUCGUCGACAAGAGAAUUUCGAGAUUCUCGAAACAGUUCACAAGAAUUCGGCACCACUGCUUCUUCAACGAAUACGUCGAUGCACAGCGAUAAUCAGCCGUCGCAUGAAUUGGCUAGUGAACAGCAACGUGCAUUCAAAAAUGAGACACACACCAAUAAGAUGGAACGAUUGGAGUUCAAAAGUGAUUCUAUCGUCGAAAGUGGCAAAGAGCGAACAAAUGAUUUCAGAAACGCUUCGAGAGAUCGACCAUUCUCAAGGCAGUCUUCGUUUAAAGAUGGAAUUCUUUCGUACCGUCAACCAUUCAAUGGUAAGUUCGAAUAUUACAUUGUCAAAAAUAACAAAUGA